AUGGUUUUGGUUCUCAUGGCCAUGUCGAGCUCAUGGACCCGGGCGGCAGCGAGGCCAUUGUUAUACGCCGAGGAACCCUCCCCUGGCUAUUCCGUCCGCAUUUUGCUGCCUUCACGGCCGUCGCAAUGGCGAGGGCGUGUGCUUCUGUCGCUCGAGGAGAAGAAGACGGGGCCAGGCAAAUCGUGUGGACCCAGAAGCACCAAUAACCCUAACAAUCAUUGCCCAUAG